GCCCUUAUCUAACAAUAACAUAACCCUAAAUUUAAGUGUGAUUUGAUGUCUUUCUUGAAAAACUUUUUGAAAUCGAAACCAUCUCACGUCUCAAUAUUACGUGAUCCAAAUUGCAAGAAACAUGUGAUACCGAAGAAACUAACGGUCUUUCAAGAAAUACCAAACAAUGGGUCGAAAAAUCAUCAUCUGAAGCAUUUGAAACGUCUGUUGCUGUUUGUAUCAGGUUAUGUGGCCUACCAGCUAACCAAAGACCGAUGGCUGCUACAAUUUCCAUUCCCGCAGUGGCCUGCAGUCACAGCAGCCUCGGUAUUCAGUGGAAACAGCUUGUCUGGCAGAAGGGUCAAAUUCAACUUCAUAGCAGAUGUUGUAGAAACGUCUGCCCCAGCGGUGGUAUACAUCGAAAUCAAAGACUCCAGGCGCGUUGAUUUUUUUACUGGCAAGCCUUCUACGAUAUCCAAUGGCUCUGGGUUCAUAAUCGAAGAGAAUGGUCUCAUCUUAACCAAUGCACAUGUGGUCACCAACAAGCCCCAUGCCAAGGUGGAGGUUCGUCUGAUUGAUGGUACCAUUUAUAAUGGCGUGGUAGAAGAUAUAGACAUGAAGAGCGACCUGGCCACGGUGAGAAUCCCGGCCAGGAAGCUGCCGGUGAUGAAGCUGGGCACCUCCAAGGACCUGAAGCCGGGCGAGUUCGUGGUGGCCAUCGGCAGCCCUUUGGCCCUUAGCAACACCGUGACCAGCGGGGUGGUCAGCUCGACGCACCGUGGGUCCGACGAAUUGGGUUUGGCCGGCAAAGACAUGGUGUACAUCCAGACGGACGCUGCCAUAACGUUCGGCAACUCUGGGGGGCCUCUAGUUAAUCUAGAUGGCGAAGCGAUCGGCGUGAAUAGCAUGAAAGUGACGGCGGGCAUCUCGUUCGCCAUUCCCAUCGACUACGUCAAGGCGUUCUUGCUUUCUGCCAAAGGCCAGAAAAAGAAUGACAGUGGCGGGCCGAAACGGCUCUACAUGGGCAUCACGAUGCUCACAUUGACACCGGAGAUUGUCCACGAACUUCAACAGAGGAACCACGAAAUACCGCGGGACAUCGGAGGAGGCGUGUUGGUGUGGAAAGUCAUCUACGGCAGUCCCGCCCACAAUGGUGGAUUACAGCCAGGAGACAUUGUCACUCACAUAGAUGGAAAACCAAUCAAGCAUGCAAAUGAUGUUUACAGCAUCUUGAACAGCAAAGAAUCCAGGACUCUGAAAAUGUCCAUCAGCAGAUACGGCAAGAGAGUUGAUCUUUCAGUCACUCCAGAAGAUUUCAGUUGAUAUAUUUAUGUCAUCUCUAGGAUUGAAUUA